GCUUUUGUUUUGUUGUAUCACUGCGUAUUGGCGUUUCUCCAUUAUAAAGAAGAAAAAAAGAAAAUUAUAUUAAUUUACUGACACAUUGUUUGCAGAAAAUUUCGUGUUUAAUAAAUAAUAUACAAAUACACUAAAAUGUUUUGAAACAUUGCUGAAACGGCCGAUGGAGCGCACACAACGGUUUAGACGAAUUGGAGGCACAAACGUGUAUAGUCAACUUUGACACGCUAUGUCAGAGCAACUUCACCAGCUAACGUGCCAGCAGUGAACUUUACACAGCAACAAGAAGAGAGCAAAGGACAAUGUGGCCACGAUUUCUUGGCCGACGUAUACUUUAUAUAACCAUCACAUUACUUGCCCUAAUAUUUUUACUAACGAAUUUACUUAAGUUUGGCGGUCUACGCGCACUGCAUGCGGACAAUGUGCUUACCGUACAACGCACACGUCCACUCAUCUGGCGUACGCUACAGGAACACCUACUGCCCGAAGAGUCACAGAAUCGCACCAACGAUCCAGACAUACACUGCCGCAAUUCGGUGCAAGGACGCGAUUUGCUGGUCGAUGAUCGCGGUUUUCUCUGCCACCGCGAACAUCUCUUGUCGCCCAGCAAUUGCUGUGACAUCGAAGUGCCCGAAACACAAUAUUACACAUGCGAUACAUGCAAUGCAACAACAAAUUGCUGUGAUAUAUACGAAUAUUGUGUCUCCUGCUGCCUGCAUCCAUCGAAACGUACACUGCUGGAGUUAGUGUUGCGCACAAUUACCGGUCGCCAGGCAGCUGUUUAUGCGCGUGUCGAGGAUCAUUUCGAAUUGUGUUUGGUUAAGUGUCGCACGAAUUCACACUCUGUGGCGCAUGAAAACAAAUAUCGCGAGGGCUUGCCUAAAUACUGUUAUGGACAGACGGAAGCGCAUGAAUCACAACGCGAAGUAUCGGGUGGUGUGGCACGUUGAUUGUGCCACAGUAUUUAAUAGCGAAAAGUGGUAGUGGUAGUGAAAAAGGGUUUGAUUUAAAAGUGUUUAGUGCAUUAACGACUGAAGUCUAUUAAGUUGC